AUGAUAAUUAGCUGGAUGUUUGGGCUGGCGGCAGCAGCGCAAACCUGCAUGAAAGACAGCGAUUGCUUAAUCAGGUCAAGGCCUGAUGUUCAUUCUAUGUUUUGUGUUAACAAUGUAUGCCAAAGGAUCCUUCCACCGGGAAAGCACUGCACCAAGCCUACUGAAUGCGCUUCAUACUCUUUUUUUGGGCCGCUAGCCUGCACUGGAAAGUGUAAAAUCGAAAGUGAGUGUGAAUAUGGUAAGGAUGACAAUACAGACUCUAUGUACUGCUGUAGAAGCAUUCCUGAGGGAAAAGAGUGCAAUCCAAAUAGGCCCGGACCUCUCAGCGGAUGUGAUAUAACGCAAUCCUGCCUUAUGGGGAAGAAGGGAUUCUACGAGUGUGUUCCUGAUAAAUCAAGCUCUUGGAUAUUUGGAGUGUUUCUAUCGAUAAGUGGGAAUAUUGGGAUAAACAUAGGGAUAAAUCUCCAGAAGAAAUCAUACAAGCAAUCCCACAUAAGACUAUUUAACAUGAAUCUACAGACAUUUUAUGUGGGAUGCUUUAUAUAUGGCUUAGGAAAGAUUUUUGGAUACUGCUCAUAUAUUUUCGGUAACCAGUCUCUAAUGGCAGUUCUGAGUGCAACAGGGCUUGUCUCGAAUAGCAUAUUCGCACCGAUGAUUAACGAAGAAGUCUUUACCUGGAAGGACUUCUGGGCAAUAUUUUUUGCGUUUGCUGGAACAACUCUUAUAGUUAUGAAUACAACGAUUAGCAAUAGAGCAUACACCUUGUGUGAACUCAUGAAGAUGUACAGGCGCAUAGAAACAUUGCUAUGGUUUGGCUUCAUUAUUCUUGUAAUCAUAGUUCUUUUUGUAUUUGUUAAAUAUAUAGAAAUUAAUAGCAACUGGGAGCUUCCUGAUGAAAAUAUGACAUUUUUAAGAAGAGAGGGCGUUUGGUUCGAUGAGGAAGGUGUUAUCAUGAAAUACACAAUGGUUUUGGCCUAUGUGUGCCUGUCCUCAUUCAUAGCAUCCUUUACGACUUUAUCUAUUAAGAGCUUAGGAGAGAUGAUCGACAAAACAAUUGCAGGUGACAAUCAAUUUAUAUUUCUUACAACAUAUUUCUUUAUCAUGGUUCUCGUAAUCUGCACGUUUUUUCAGAUAUAUUGGCUCAAUAGAGCUCUGAGACAUUACGAUGCUUUACUCGUAAUCCCGAUGUUCCAUGUGACGUGGACUCUCUUAAGCAUAUUCACGGCAGGAAUUUACUUCAGAGAAUUUGAGCAAUACACCAGCUACCAACUGGGCAUGUUUGCCGGGGGAAUAGGGCUAAUAUUUAUCGGCUCCAUCUUUCUAGGAAGCAGAAUAACGAACAAAGCUCGAAUCAAAACCAAAAGCAUCGGCACAGGGCCCAAAAAGAUACUAAAGAACCAAUAG